AUGAAUUCUGAUAAAAAAUACAAUUCCUGUGACAUACCUCAAAUGGAAUAUCAAGAAACUGAACAUAUCUACACCAAGUAUACCAUUGGCACUGUUGUCUGGGCCAAACUAGAAGGAUACCCAUGGUGGCCUGCUAUGGUCGAAUGUGAUCCAGACACUGAUAUGUACUAUGAGGUGUCCCCACAAGCUUGUAUGGUCCCAUUGAGGUAUCAUGUAUCAUUCUUUGAUGAUGAUGAUCAUGUGUCAAGGUCCUGGGUCAGAGCUGGUUGUAUAACUCCAUACAGAGGUGAACUGCCAAAAGCUAAAUUUUCAGAUGGUCAUUCUGCAUACAAGAAAGAGAUCGCAGUUGCAAUGAAAAAUGCAGACAAAGCACUACUGCUGCGUUUAAAGGAUCGGGUAGAAACAUAUGGCUUCCAGAAGCGUUUUUUAUCAAAAAGGGUUACAAAAAUAAGAAGUUUGAAGAAGAUAAAAAGUCCCAAGCUUCAUGGUUCUGCUGGACAUGUUUUCCUCAAGUCUGAGUCUGUAGAUUAUACUCGUGGAAUACACAAAUCUCCUUCUUUUAAAG